UUCUAUGACGUUUUCCUGUUUGUUGCUUUGAUGUUUUUCUCAUUAAUCAUAAGUUAUACAGCACAAAGUUUUGAUUUUUGGAAAGAUGCGAUGAAAGUGACAUUUAGUUGACGCCUUUGCGAUGUGAAAGGAAAAAUACAAGCAACUAUGCCCUGAAGACUUCUAUAGCUUUUGGGCAUUGACCAAAAUAAAACUGGGUUAGUGCAGCUGCUAUUUGUUUAAAUGCCUUCUAACAAAUAGUCAAACUGUACAGUAUUUUUAUCCACUUAACUCAGAAAGCAAGAGCAUAGCUUAAUUUUAUUUAUGGUAAUUUGAUACAGUCCACAAUAUGGAUCCUUUAAGGCUUGGGGAACCUAAAAUUCCCUGUCCGAAUGCAAUAGUGAUUAAGGAAGAGGAUGAUAUUCGGCCUUGCAAGCAGGAGCCUCAAUUUAUAGAAGAACUACUUGAAUGUGAAAUACAGCAAGACCCAUCUGAAUGUGCUAAUGGGAAUGAAAUUGAUAUUGAUAAUCAAUUACAAAACCACCACAGUGUGUUCUCCAUAAUUGAUGAUUCCAAGGCACAGGGUGGACGAGUCCGUAAAUUAUGUGAGUGCCCUUUGUGCCAAGCAGGUGCAAAGUGUACAAUCGGUAAAAGGCAGCAUAGUUGUCAUGUACCGGGCUGUACCAAAGUGUACAGCAAAACUAGCCACUUACAGGCACACCUUAGGAAGCACACCGGAGAAAAACCUUUCAUUUGCAAUUGGGGAACCUGCAUUAGAUCUUUCACAAGAUCGGACGAGCUCCAUCGCCACUACAGAACGCACACGGGGGAGAAAAAAUUCGUUUGUGAAGAGUGUAAUAAGGCAUUUACUAGGUCUGACCACUUGAGGAAGCACAGGAACACUCAUAAAGGAAAAACUGGAACGGGCAAUUCAGUUCUGCCUAAAUUAUAUACCAUCAAGCAGGAUGAAAAAAACGAUUCCCCCCUGCCAGGUACCAACAGAAAGGCUCCAAAGCAAAAUUCGGUAGAACCAAAGGAUAUUGUCAACAAGGUUGUGUCAGAUAAUUUCCCAAUCCCAAACAAACAGGCGACGUCGUGCGAUUCGCACUGUUUGGAAAGCCAGGACUCUGGGGACGACGAAAUGACGGGGGAAACUUCCGUAAAAACCACCAACGAAGAGGAGGACCAGCUAGACCUGUUCUUCAUGGAAAUCGGGCCUGUGGUAAAAUGCCACGAGUGCGACUACGAAUCGAAAAGCAUACAACAGUUGAACGAGCACGUGAAAAAGGUUCACGAGUCGGUGAAAGGGCGUAGACUGUACGAGUGCGACCAUUGCGAUUACAAAAGUUUAUGGAAGAGGAACGUCACCCGACAUUCCACGACGCAUAACAAGUUCAACGAUACCGCGCUGUACAAGUGCGCCACUUGCGGUUACGGAAGUAUCUACAAAGGCAAUUUGGUGACCCAUAUCCACACCGUCCAUCAACGUUCGUCCCCGGAAACCGAAUGUAAAGUUGACGACGACGUUAUCGAGUGCUCGAGCGACGAAGAGGUAGAAGAGGACGAGGAUAGUGCUGGGGGAAUCUUGAAAACGACACUGGGUGAACAUUUGAAAACUCACUCAAAGCAGGUCAAGGGAUUGAGGGCGUCGGGGAGGGGUAAAAGAAAUUGUGUCGACGGUGUCGCAGAAGACAAACGGAAAUUGGUAAAAUAAGGGUCCAACGGUUACUAAGUGCACAACCGAUUGACGCAAAUUUAAGGGCGACGUUUAUUUUAGUGAAAUGGUAAUUUUAGUAAAGACUAAUGUGGAAGGUUAUGCUUUGGCGAUGUACAUAAGUGAAUACAACUGU